CAUUUUUUGCACGCUUUUCAACGCCCCAUGGGACAUAUCCGUUGAGCGACAGCAGGCUUACAACCCACAGUGGCAAGUCCAACAGACAGCAGCAUGUCUCAAACAACAACCCGAUAUGUCUUCCUCCGCACAACCGCCCUCCUAAUACUCGCACUCGCAACCGCAACCGCCGACGCACUACCUCUCGUCGAGCGAGCGGUCGCGGAGGAAGGCGCAGCAGCAGCAGCCGCAGCCGAGGGAGGGUCGGGAGGAACAUGGUGGAAGAUAUUGGUGAUUGCUGGGUUGGUUGCUAUUGGGGGGUUGGUUGCUGGUUUGACGCUCGGACUUAUGUCGCUGGACGAAACGGACUUGAGGAUUUUGCUGAGCGCUGGGACGCCUGCGGAGAAGAGGGCUGCGGCGAGGAUUGCGCCGAUUAGGAAGAACGGGCAUUUGCUGCUUGUUACGUUGUUGAUUGUUAAUGCUGUUAUCAAUGAGACACUUCCGAUCCUACUAGACGAGGUUGCGGGUGGAGGUUGGCAAGCUAUCCUGAUCUCCACCGUCCUCGUCCUCGUCGCCGGCGAAAUCAUCCCCCAAGCCGCUUGUUCGCGGUACGGGCUCCAAAUCGGCGCAUUUUUCGUCUGGCCCGUCCGCAUCAUGAUCUACGCCAUGUUCAUCAUCGCGUGGCCGAUCUCCAAACUCCUUGAUGCGAUCUUGGGUGCUGGGCAUGGCGCGAUUUACAAGAAAUCGCAGUUGACGGAGUUGGUUGCUUUGCAUGGACCGGAGGAGGGAAAUGCGCUUACGCAUGAUGAGGUCAAGAUCUUGCAGGGUGCGCUGAAUGUGCAUGAGAAGACCAUUGAAGAGAUCAUGACUCCUUUUGACAAAGUUUACAUGCUCUCAAGCGACACAAAACUCGACCGCGAAACCAUGCUCGACAUGCUCCGCAAAGGCCACUCCCGCAUCCCCAUCUACAAAGAACAUCGCACCAACGUCGUCGGCAUCCUGCUCGUCAAGUCAAUCAUCCUGGAAGACCCCUCCAAAGCCGUCCCCAUCUCCUCCGUCCGUCUCAUCACCCAAUUCCCUCGCCUCAAACCCGACACGCCUCUCCUUGAUGUCCUUAACACCUUCCAGGAGGGCGCGUCGCACAUGGCGUUCGUCACCGACUUGAAGGGGGCGGAUUUUGUGGGGAUUGUGACGCUCGAGGAUGUGGUGGAGGAGAUCAUCCAGGAGGAGAUUGUGGAUGAGACGGACGUGUUUGCGUCGAAUUCGGAUACGAAGCCGCUUGUUAGGCCGAAGACGCUCGUCAAGCUCGCGGGCGCGCUGCUGAAAAGGAACUCGGUAAAUAACAGGGAUACGUACUCCGCCACGUCUUCAGGGCAACAACACCCGCGCGCCAAUUCGGCCCCGCUUUCUAAAUCGAGGAAUGAGACGGCGCCGCAUGCUAGCACCGCCGCACUCCUACCCGCUGCUAACGAAUCGACAAAUACCAUCCCCACCUCCUCCACUACCGCCAUAUCACCAGCCCGCACCUCUCUAACCGCCACGAAGGCAAAACCAAGCACCAAACUCCCCCUCCCCGCCACACCAACACACACUCCAACCGCCCCACCACCGAAAGUAAUAGGCUGGCGCCGUGAAAAGCGCCGCGCACACUCCGACCCGGAGGCCGGCAUGCCCAUGUCUGUCAUCUCACCCUCUGAUUAUGCGAAUAGGAGCUCGCCGUUAAGGGGUGAGGUUACGUCGAGUGAGGAUGGAGUAGACGGGUCAAGGGAGGUUACGAGGGACGGACGGAUCUUGCAUGCGAGGGAGACGGUUGCGGAGCCGGAGGAGCAUCAUGAGAAGAGUGACAAGGAUGGGAACAUACAUACGAAUGGCGGCGUAUGAAGGCUUCUUGCAAAAUACACAUUGGACAUACUGACACUACCUAAUAGAAGUUCGAGCGAAAGACGGUAAUACAUGACAUUUUCACAUCA